GAAUUUUCCAGUGCAGAGCUUUCCGCAGUCUAAGAUCCGUUCAUUCUUAGUUUAUUUUUUUAAUUUUUGGUGGUUGUUUUUCUGUUAUUCAUACAAGUGUUGGUUUUAGAAUAGUUUAUUCCUUAUAAAUUGUUGUUGGUAUAGGGGUUUUUCAUUUCUUUAUAAGUUUCUAUAAAAAUUAAACAAUAUGCCAUCGAAAGAAAACGUUGAUUUGAAUAUUGAAUUUGGAAGACUAUUGGCUAAUCCACCUGAAGGCGAUGAAAUUGUUAUUUCUGGUAUUUCUGGAAAAUAUCCAGAUUCAGACAAUAUCCAUGAAUUUCGAGACAACUUAUUCAAUAAAGUAGACAUGGUUUCGCCUGAUAGCCGUAGAUGGGAGCCGGGCCAUCCAGAAAUCCCACAAAGAACUGGGAAAGUACCAAACAUUGCCAAUUUUGAUGCUGGUUUUUUUGGUGUCCAUCAUCGCCAAGCUACCGCCAUGGAUCCUAUGAUAAGAAUGUUCCUAGAAAACACAGUUGCUGCCUUAUUUGAUGCUGGUAUUCAUCCUUCAGAGCUAGAAGGCACCAAUACUGGGGUGUUCGUUGGUUCUUGUUUCAGCGAAAACGAAAAAUGUUGGUUUUUUGAUAAGUUGUUACCGCAGAGUUUUGCUAUAACUGGAUGCGAAAGAUCAAUGAUUGCCAACAGGAUCAGCUAUUUUUUCAAGCUAAAAGGACCGUCUUUUAUCACGGAUACAGCUUGCAGUAGCUCCCUGUAUGCUUUUGAGCAUGCCUAUAAAGCUGUUAGAGAGGGAAAGUGUGAUAGAGCUAUUGUUGGUGGAACUAAUAUUUGCUUGCACCCGUUUGUAUCUUUGCAAUUUUCAAGAUUGGGAGUAUUGAGUAAAGAUGGUUCCUGUAAAGCUUUUGACAAAAACUGCAACGGUUACGCAAGAUCUGAGGCCAUAUCCUGCAUAAUUCUUCAGAAAGCCAAAGAAUCGAAACGUGUUUAUUGCACGAUAAUGCACGCCAAAACUAACUGUGAUGGAUACAAAGAUUCAGGAAUAACUUAUCCUUCGGGAGAAAUGCAGGUGAAACUUCUGAGUGAGUUUUACCAGGAAUGUUCAGCGGUAAAACCAACGGAUUUGAGUUACUUGGAAGCUCACGGAACUGGUACCAAAGUAGGUGAUCCAGAGGAACUUCAGGCCGUUGAAGAGGUUUUUUUGAAAAAUAGAAAUACGCCUCUUUUGAUUGGAUCUGUGAAGUCGAAUAUCGGACAUGCAGAGCCAUCUUCUGGAUUGUGUUCUAUAGCUAAGGCAAUCAUUGCAACCGAAACAGGCUACAUACCACCAAAUUUGCACUACAAUGAACCAAAUCCAAACGUGAAAGCCUUACUGGAUGGGAGAUUGAAAGUUGUUACAGAAAAAAUACCAUUUAACGAUAACAAAGGCAUUAUUGGUAUCAACAGUUUUGGUUUUGGUGGUGGAAACUGUCACGUGCUUCUGAAACAAAACACAAAGCCGAAAGUUAAUUAUGGGAGAGCCAAAGACAAUAUUCCUAGGUUAGUUUGCGUCAGUGGAAGAACAAAAGAAGCUGUUAAUGCUCUAUUGGAAGAUGUUAUUGAAAAUCGUGUUGAUGUUGAACAUGUUAGGUUGCUGCAAGAGUCUUUCAGAAAAACUACGGUUGGUCAUUUAUAUAGAGGCUACAUCCUUGCCUCAAAAUCUGGAGAAAUGAAAAGAUCUUUCAAUUAUAGUGCUGCCAAGGCACCGUCUUUGAUCGUGUGUUUUGGAAAAAUUAACGAUAUCAUGACAGAGAAAAUCAAAGCUUUUAUGGAAGUACCAUUGGUAGCCGGAACAAUUUACAGAAUUCAUCAAGCUCUGGACCUAAAAUCCAUCAACAUCACCGACAUCCUCCUCAAACCCAAAUUAACAACAACUUUAGACAAAGUCCUUUCAAACUUCACUAUCCAGAUGAUAUUUGCUGACCUAGUAAAAGCCUUGGACCUUCAACCAAGCAAAUUUUUUGGUAUCAACAAAGGCCUUUCCUUAGGAAUAUUAGUAUCAGCUUAUUUUGAUGCAGCAAUAACAUUAAACGAAGCCGUGGAAUGUGCAUUUGCAAUCGCUUCAGCUGCAAAUUCCGUGAGUAAAAACGAUGGUACUGACAGUAAUGAAUUGGGAAAUUUAGUUGAAAAAAGUGGCACUGUAGCUACGAACUUACAACAAGCUUUAACCAGGAUUUUAUCCAAACCUAGAAGAUUUAGUAAGCGUGUUAUAUUUGAUGCUAGUCCACCAGAAAUGUCUUCUGUUUAUCUGAUAAACUCUUUUGGAAGAACGAAAGUAUUUAAUGACGUAAAGGCUACUUUAAAUGAAGACUUUGCUAUUUAUGAAAUUGGUAACGGAGAUUCAAUAGAUACUUUGCAAAAACACUUCACAAACACACACGAAAAUUUUUUUUUAAACGUUGGAGAAGACCUAAAUGGAUGCUUAAGUUCUCUAGGAAAAUUAUACGAGUUAGGCUUGAACCCUCAAAUCUCUAAUAUCUAUCCAAAAAUUGACUUUCCUGUAAGCAGAGGCACUCCGAUGAUAUCUCCGAAAAUCAAGUGGAACCACGCUCAAAAAUGGUGGGUGACUUUAUAUAAAUGCGACGAGCAAAUGGAAGUUGAGGAAAGAACUAUCGGAAUAAUGCUAAAAGAUCCUGCAUAUAGUUUUAUGGGUGGGCAUGUUAUCGACGGAAGAAAUCUGUUUCCUGCCACAGGCUAUUUGCAGUUUGUUUGGGAAACUUUGGCUUUCGUUCAUGGACUAAUGAUAUCAGAUAUGAGAGUUGUUUUUGAAAAUUGUAAAUUUAUGAGGGCCUGCUCUAUACCUAAGGAAGGUUCUAAGUUAGAUUUGACUGUGAUGGUUCAGAGAGGGACUGGUAAUUUUGAAGUUGUUGAAGGCGGUUCACCAGUAGUUUCAGGAAGAAUAAGACAAGUGACCGCUAAAGAAAUGGAUUUGGCAGAUAUUCCAUUGCCAACAGGAGUACCAAAGCAUGUAGCUCCUUAUUUGGAUAGUAAAGAUAUUUAUAAGGAGUUGAGGCUUAGAGGGUACAACUAUAAAGGUAAAUUUCGUUCACUGAAAAGCUGCGACAACAGUUGUCAAGUUGCCGAAGUAACAUGGGACGGCAACUGGAUCACUUUCAUAGAUAACCUCCUACAAAUCAAAAUUCUCCAAGAAGACACUCGUAUGCUCUAUGUGCCUACCAGCAUCCAAAAGCUCUUCAUUGAUGCCAAAAGACACUUAGAAUACGUUAAAACCCACACGGAGGAAAACCCUUGUUUACCAAUUCACAUAUCCAAACCAACUGGAAUUAUUAGAUCUGGCGGGAUAGAAAUCAAAGGUUUAAACGCUAGCUCGAUAGCUAGGAGAAAAUAUCUUGGAACUCCAGUUCUGGAAAAGUACAUGUUCAUGCCCGACAUUGCCGAAUUGAAAACUGAGCAAGCCAUUAGAAUAAAUAUGCAAAUAUUAUUGGAGAAUUUGUACAGUAUUAAAGUUAAGGCAGUUGAAUUGAUCGAUGAUGCCACAAUGAAGGGCGUGUCGCCUUUGGGAGAAAUCGUACAUGAUGUUCUAGCCGAUCAACCUUUGAUUCAACCGGAUAUUACUAUUUUGAGCAAAGAGGAGUUGAGCAUAAAGCAUGUUAAAGUUGAAGAUAAGAAAUUGCUGACAGAAGUGGAUUGUAGUUUGGUUGUUGCUUCUAAGAUUUUACAGAGACCAAAUAUCCUCCAACUGGUAUUCGGUUCCAUCAAAGAAAAUGGAUUUGUCCUAUCAAGAGAACCAUUAGACUUCGAUGUGGCUUCAGUAAAUAAUGGGUCACAAUGUAUAGUUACUGUAUUCACCACUGAAAAAGAACAACUGGUUUUCUUUAAAAAGAAGAUUGAUUUUAAAGCGCCUAAAGUGAUUAAAAUUUCUUCAGAAGACAAAGACUUUAAAUGGCUUCCCAAACUCAAAGACAGCCUAGAAACUAACCCAGACGUCUUAGUAUACUCCCAAGGCGAACCUUUAAACGGAAUCUUAGGCCUGGUCGCAUGUAUUAGAAGAGAACCAGGAGGUCAAAAUUUGAAGCUAGUUUUUCUUCCCGACGGUUCCUGUCCACCAUUCGACCCAACUGAUCCCUUCUACAAACAACAGCUGGAAAAAAACCUAGCAAUCAACAUAUUCAAAGAUUCCACAUGGGGUACUUACAGGCACUUGCUGUUAGAGCAAACCAAAGAAAUUCAAGCGGAUCAUUGCUAUUUGAAUUCGUUGCAAAGAGGCGAUUUGACUUCAUUGAAAUGGAUAGAGGGGCCUUUGCAUAAUGAUAGUCAGUUGGGGGUUGAAAAAAUGUUAGUUUCUAUUUACUAUGCUGCUCUUAACUUCAGAGACGUCAUGACUGCGUCAGGGCGUAUUAAUGUGGACAGCAUCACCAGAGAUAGGAGGGAGCAAGAAUGUGUGCAAGGUUUUGAGUUUUCUGGACGCACUCCAGAUGGACGAAGAGUGAUGGGUAUGGUAACAAAUGGAGCUUGUGCAACAUUACUGGACGCUGAUCCUUACUUACUAAUGAAUGUGCCCGAUAGCUGGUCAUUGGAGGAAGCGGCUACAGUACCAGUGGUUUAUCAAACGUGUAUUUAUGCUUUAAUAAACAGAGGAAGAUUGAAGCGAGGCGAUUCCGUUCUAGUCCACUCUGGAACUGGUGGUAUAGGUCAGGCUGCUAUAUCUUUGGCUCUUCACAUAGGGUGUACAGUGUAUACCACCGUUGGUACUCAAGAGAAAAGAGCUUUCCUGAAGAAGAGGUUCCCACAGUUGACUGAUAAAAACAUCUCCAGCUCCAGAGACAUUAACUUUGAAAAACAUAUUUUCAACGUUACCAACGGCAGAGGUGUAGACGUAGUUCUCAAUUCACUGGCCGAAGAAAAACUAUUUGCUUCGGUACGUUGCCUAGCAAGAGGCGGCAGAUUUGUGGAAAUCGGAAAAUACGAUUUGGCCAACGAUAACACGUUGAAUUUGUUGUUGAUAAGCAAAGAUGCUAGUUUUCAUGGUGUUAUGUUAGAUUCGCUUUUCGCUGAAACUCCAGCGAUCAAAGCUAGUCUCGUAGACCAUCUAAAUGAGGCCAUCAGAUGCGGUGCGAUAAGACCUCUCAAUAGAACCACCUUCAAAAUGAACCAAGCGGAAGAAGCCUUUAGGUUCAUGGGUACAGGCAAACACACCGGCAAAGUAUUGAUUCAAAUACGAAAAGAGGAGAAAGAAAAUAUUGUUACACCAUCUGUAGUGAAAUUUAUGGGACUUCCAAGAUAUUUCUGCGAUAGUGAAAAAACGUACAUAAUCUGUGGAGGUCUUGGAGGAUUUGGGUUGGAACUAGCUGAUUGGCUCACCUUGAGAGGAUGCAGAAAACUAAUUCUAACCUCUAGAAAUGGCAUUAAAACCGGAUAUCAGGCCUACAGAAUAAACAUUUGGCGUACUUACGGAUGCAAAAUCGAAAUUUCCACCGAAGAUAUAACCACAUACGAAGGCUGUUCGAAUCUAGUGAAAACAGCAAACCAGUUAGGUCCUGUUCACGCCAUCUUUAACUUGGCCGUAGUUCUUCGAGACUCCAUCCUACAAAACCAAACAGAAGAUGAUUUUAAAAUAUCUUUCGGCCCUAAGGCCUACGCCACCGAACACUUGGACAAAGUUUCCAGAAAACACUGUCCAGAAUUAAGAGACUUCGUAAUAUUUUCAUCAGUAUCCUGUGGAAGAGGCAACGCUGGACAAUCAAACUAUGGCAUGGCCAAUUCAGUUAUGGAAAGAAUAAUCGAAAAAAGACAGACCGAAGGUUUGCCAGCUUUGGCAAUCGAAUGGGGCGCCGUUGGGGAUGUUGGUUUAGUAGCUGAAAUGCAAAACGAAGCUAUCGAAAUGGAAAUUGGGGGUACUUUGCAGCAAAGAAUCUCGAAUUGCUUGCAAGUUAUGGAUAUUUUCUUGAGGCAACAGGAAGCUGCUAUUGUGUCGAGUAUUGUGGUGGCCGAAAAAAGGGCUGGAGCUGCCGGUGCAGAUAAUAUCGUAGAUGCUGUUGCUAAUAUUUUAGGCAUUCAAGAUCUCAAAGCCAUCUCCCUACAAGCCACCUUAGCGGAAGCGGGAAUGGACUCGAUGAACGCAGUGGAAAUUAAACAAACUCUAGAAAGAGAAUACGAAGUUUUCUUGACGGCUCAAGAUAUAAAAAGCAUGACCUUUGCCAGACUCAUUGAGAUCCAAAGUGAGAAGGUUGCUGAGGCACAAGCAGGUGUCAAAAAAGGUCGUCCUCUAAUGGGCAUGGACAUGAUCCUACGUCUAUUGGGUGAUGAAAAGACAGCCAAUAUGCCAGUGGUUUCAAUUCACGGCAAAGCAUCGGAAUCGGCACCCACCGUAGUAAUUUUCCCUGGUAUCGAAGGCACCAUAACAGUCUUGGAACCGUUAUAUAAAAAUCUCGUAGCCGAUUUGGUUGGUCUUCAAUAUCCGAACAGCUCUCAAAGAGACAGCAUCAAAGACAUGGCCAAGGAAUGUUUACCGUUUAUAGAAGAGCGCCUGUCAAGAUCUAAGCCUUUUAACAUUAUUUGCUAUUCUUUUGGUGGUACUGUUGCAUUGGAAGCUGUAGCAUUGCUGGAACAAAAAGGCUACCUCGGUACUGUCAUUUGUAUAGACUCAUCGCCGGAUUACUUGCAAGCUUUAACGAGAGUACUGGAAGUUGAAUCUGAUGAUAAAUUCCAAGUCAGCUUGAUUUGUCAUCUGAUGUCUUUGCAAAUAUCUUAUGAAAUAAUUUCCAAACAUGUGGAAUCUCUUCUCAAACUCAACUCAUUCGAAGAACGUAUCAAAUUGGCCCAACAAAUUGUGGGUAAUAGCACUCCUCACUCCCCAGAACACCAACGCGACUGCGCCAUAAGCAUUUACAAACGUAUCAAAGCCGUUGUUGAUUGGUCGCCAGAUUUUAAACUGAAAUCCAAGGUAAUUCUUUUCAAACCGGUAUUGACGAGUAUCGAAAUUCCGGAUGAGGAUUAUGGCUUAUCGAAAUUUUGCGAAAAUCCCGUUGAGGUCCGAGUAUUUGAGGGUAAUCAUGCCAGUGUUCUGGAUAACGUUGAAGUAGCCUUGGCGGCCAACGAAUUAUUUGAUGUUACGGAAACUGCGGAAGAGAAUAAGGGAAAGGGUGAUUUGAUUAUCAAUCUUCAGAAUUUCGCUAAUAAAGUACCAACAAAGAAUUAGUUAUCUAUGUUAGAAGCGUAUUUAAUUUUAAUAAUAAUAAUAUUAGAGUAGUUUUUUUUUUAAUUUGUAUUCGUUUUGGAUACUUAUUGUAAUUUGCGGGGUUUUAACUCGCGCUAUUUUUUUAUUUAUUUACCUGU